AUGACCCCCUUCGCCCUCGCCCUCGCUGUUGCCGCCGCAGCGGCGCCCCUCGCCCGCGCCGGUGUCUACCCCAUCGCCGAGUCCAUGGCCGGCGACAACUUCCUACAGGGGUGGAACUGGCCCGACAGCUUCUACGACAACACCACCAGCGGCGAGGUGUUCUGGUAUGGUACCGCUGAGUGGAACAACUCGCAACCUCUUAUUUAUAAGACGGCGCGGAACACCACGAUCAUGAAGGUCGACGACACCUCGACUGUCGUCGCCAACCCGUGGCACACGACCAAGCGCUUCGCACCACGCCUUCUCAGCAAGCGCGCGUAUGGGGUCGGCACCGUCUGGGUCCUAGACGCGAUCCACAUGCCUUACGGCUGCAGUGUGUGGCCCGCGUUCUGGACUGUCGGCCCAGACUGGCCCGUUGGCGGUGAGAUCGACAUCAUGGAGGGUAUCCACCACCAGGCUGUCAACCAGAUGGCUCUCCACUCGGCAGAGGACGGCUGCUACGCCCCACAGACUAACCAGGCCCUUAUGACGGGUAACUGGGGCUCGCACAACUGCUCCAUUGGCUACUCGUACGGCUCGGGGUGCACGGCCCGCGACACCGACCCCGCGUCGUACGGUGCCGCCUUCGCCGCUGCCGGUGGUGGCGUCUACGUUGCCGAGUGGGCCGCGGAUGCCAUCAAGAUCUGGUUCAUCUCGCGCCCCAAUGUGCCCGCGGCUCUGACUGCCAACGCCAAGACGAUCGACACGAGCAUUCUCGGCACCCCCACUGGCUACUGGGGCAACAAGGACUGCACCUUUACCCGUUACUUCGGCCCCCAGACCAUGAUUCUCCAGACAACUCUGUGCGGUGUCUGGGCUGGUCUUGCCAGCACACUCGCUUCGAACGGAUGCCCUGCCUACCCUUCCGGCGAGGACUGCUACACGACCUAUGUCCAUGGUGACGGCUCCAACUACCGCACCGCCUACUAUGAGAUUAACUACGUGAACAUUUUCAGCGCAGAGGUUUCGACUACACCUGGUGUUGAAGGCGGUCUCCCCGCCGACGGCCCCGUCGCUGGUAACAACAACCUCGGCCGCCAGCAGACCACCGCGGUCACUUCUUCCAUCAUGACCAAGUCGGACGGCGCCACCUCCCUCGUCCCGGUUACCGUCACCCAGAACAUCCCCGACGUGUCGGCUGCUCCUACUGCCGCCCAGAGCGCGCGCAGCCGUGCCGAGUCGCUCGUGGGUUCCGCCUUUGCCUUUGCUGCCUUUGCCAGCAUUGUCGCGGCUCUCCUUUAGAUUAGAAGCAAAGCUGCGAGCGCGGUGGUCUGAUGUAGGGCUGGCGGCGAAUCGCCAGCGGACGGACACGUUAAUAGGACAAUUGUCACGAUCAUGUGCGUAUGGAUAUCUGUU